CAUACCUUUUUUUUAGACAAUUUUUUUUUCCUCUUUCCCAACAACAGACACUUCCCCUCAUGCUAACACCUUCUCUCCAGAAAACAAAUACAACAUAAUUUUUGAGCCCUCAAAUCACACCACCUUGACCUAUAUCUAUCAACUCACAUCCCUUCCUUUCCCUCCACCCCUUUUGUUCCUGUUCUCCCUUCCAUUCCACCAUGGGCAACUGUUGCUCAGGUGGCACCAAUGAAUCUGAUAACAAGGGAGAAACCAACCAACAAAACGACAACGAAGGGGGAACUGCAAAUGCCCCACCACAAUCUAAGCCUAACCAUCCUCCAACAAAGCCUUCCAAGCCGGCCCCUAUCGGACCUGUGCUUGGAAGGCCGAUGGAGGAUGUUAGAAGUACAUACAGCAUGGGGAAAGAGCUAGGGAGAGGCCAGUUUGGUGUGACACAUUUGUGCACACACAAGAGCACAGGGAAGCAAUAUGCCUGCAAAACCAUUGCCAAGAGAAAGCUGGUUAACAAGGAGGACAUUGAGGAUGUCAAGAGGGAGGUCCAGAUCAUGCACCAUCUCUCAGGGCAACCCAACGUUGUGGAGCUUGUCAGUGUUUUUGAGGACAAGCAAUCCGUUCAUUUGGUUAUGGAGUUGUGUGCUGGGGGUGAGCUCUUUGAUCGCAUCAUUGCCAAGGGACAUUACACUGAACGUGCUGCAGCUUCCCUCUUGAGAACCAUAGUGCAGAUUGUCCACACCUGUCAUUCCAUGGGAGUCAUUCACAGAGAUCUUAAGCCUGAAAAUUUCCUCCUCUCCAGCAAGGAUGAAAAUGCACCUCUCAAGGCCACCGAUUUCGGUCUCUCAGUUUUCUACAAACAAGGAGAGGUGUUUAAGGACAUUGUUGGAAGCGCAUAUUACAUUGCACCUGAGGUCUUGAAGAGGAAAUAUGGUCCAGAAGUUGACAUUUGGAGUAUUGGUGUCAUGCUAUACAUUCUUCUAUCUGGUGUUCCACCAUUUUGGGCAGAAUCCGAAAAUGGAAUAUUCAAGGCAAUUCUACGAGGUCAUAUUGACUUUACAAGCGACCCAUGGCCAUCCAUUUCGCCUGCAGCAAAAGAUCUCGUAAGGAAAAUGUUGAAUUCGGACCCCAGACAGAGGCUGACAGCAUACGAAGUUCUGAAUCACCCAUGGAUCAAGGAGGAUGGAGAAGCACCAGAUAAACCUCUUGACAACGCAGUACUGAAUAGGCUCAAGCAGUUCAGAGCAAUGAACGAAUUCAAGAAAGUUGCUCUAAGGGUCAUCGCGGGCUGCUUAUCAGAGGAAGAAAUCAUGGGAUUGAAGCAGAUGUUCAGGGGAAUGGACACUGACAACAGCGGCACCAUUACAAUUGAAGAGCUCAAACAAGGGCUUGCAAAACAAGGGACCAAGCUAACAGAACAAGAAGUCAAGCAAUUAAUGGAAGCUGCAGAUGCUGAUGGCAAUGGAACCAUUGAUUACGAUGAAUUCAUCACAGCAACAAUGCACAUGAACCGCAUGAACAAAGAAGAUCACCUUUAUACUGCCUUCCAAUACUUUGACAAAGAUAACAGCGGGUACAUUACCAUUGAAGAACUAGAACAGGCUCUCAUCGAGUUUAACAUGCACGAUGGUAGGGACAUCAAGGAUAUCAUUUCAGAAGUUGAUGCAGAUAAUGAUGGCCGGAUUAACUACGAUGAAUUUGCUGCAAUGAUGAACAAAGGAAACCUAGAAGUUAAUACCAAGAAGAGGCGUGAUUCAAGCUUAUUUUAGUUGGGGAUUAUACAAAUAUUUAGAAGGCAUCAUGGCCUCUUUAGGCCUGUGUCGUUGGUUGGUGCAGAUGCUGAUAAGCGAGUGAAAUAUCAAGGAGCGUUGUGGUGCAUGAUCACUAUUUGGUUGGGACUGAGGAUUUAACGUGGGGAAUGGGUCAAGGUGGUAAACAAACAAAUUAGAGGGGGAAAGAACUUGAAUCAACCAUUGAGAAAUGUAAACACACAUAUAUAUGAGGGGUUGCUUCUCUUGUAUUGCUUCUCACUUAGGAAUCAAAUCAAAAAGGAUUUUAAAUUAUGUAUAGGUUCCUUUUCAACACUAGGUUCAAAUGCAUUCAUUGUUAAGAUUCUACAUUUUAAUACCCUUUCAAUCAAACAGAAAGAAUCAGUGUAAGGUUUCCACUCUUGAAAUUUAUGCUGAAUUCAGCUAUCUUUUCAGAUUCAGUUUUAAUACCAAAGAAAUUAACACUACUCUAUCAUACAUUGUAGAGUUCAUACAAAAUGGCUCUUACAGAAACGCACGAUUACAUUAUCAAUGAGUUUGAAUUAAAAUAGAGCAAUUCAAGGCCACAUUAAUUUUAGUAAUUUUCAAGUCCAUAGUCCUUAUGCAACGCUUGUGAUUUCAAAGACAAGACUCUUUUAAGAAUAAAUCAGAGAUAAAUAUAAUACAAGAGAAAACAAGGUAAUAAGAAUCACCAUAUUAAAUCCAUGGUUUGCAAAUUUUCAUUGGUUAACUGGUCCAUUCAAAACCCAUCUGUUUCCGAUAAUUGCUACAAAACUAGGUAAUAUAACAGCACAAAAAAGGAAAAGAGUCUCCCCAAGGAACAAAAAUGGCUCCAACCAAAAUUAGCAAUCAGAUUGAAGAGGUUUUCAUGAAGGUAUAUGAAGUUGCACUCGUAAGAAAAAUCUUCUAUGACAAACCCUAUUCCUUCACAAUAAAGGGGCACAAUCUGAUCAACAAAUUAGAACAAAAUGCACCAAAUCAUAAACAAAUUAAGAUGAAAUCUAAAAUGCAGGACCGUGAACAAUGGUUCAAACAUUUUUGGCAAACAUGUAAUGUGCAGAAUCAAGGAUUGAGCAAACAGGUACAUGAUAGCUCCUCAGAAGCGAACUUCAAACCAAAUGAAUUCAGAUUGAGCAAAACAGAAGGAAACCCUCACGGAACCUUGUAUAGUUGACUUGCAAAAACAAAUUUCAUUUAAUUCAAUACACAGACGGCAAGCACAACAUAGAAAAAAAAAAACCUAAAUUUACCAAAGAGAAAAGAGAAGGCCUUCAAAAAGCAACAAUCUUCGAGUUUCCCCAGUUCAAACUUUCAAAAGUUUCCUUGCUAACUCUUACGCUGACAGAACGAAUAAAGCAUUACCUAACCUUUUCCACUCCUGAAACUAACGCUGAACUCAGCCGCACAUCGAGAAGUGUAAACCAAAGUAAAUUAACGCCAAUUCAACUCAAUACAGAACGCCGCAACGAGAAAUUCACUCAACGUACGAAUCGCGUUUGAAAGAACAUCAACGCUAUUAAAUUUAACCAUUUAUACUAUUCAAUAGCAACUUAAGCAUCCAAUAUUACUCGAACAACGACACAAUUACACUGUAGAUGCACAUACAGAGCGCGUUUGUCGAAAACCCUAACUAACAAACAGAAGCAUUUCUGAUGAAUUUAUAUUUCAUUUCAUUCAUUCUAACAGUAACACUCGUUUCAUCGUAAACAUUAAUAGUCACUUAUACUUACUCCAAUAACAAUACAUUAAA